UGUGGAGUAAAACAUAUUAAAUUCUGGACUUUAUGCGGGAAUGCCCUCACAGCCAAAAAGGGUGUUUUCGGCAAAGUUGGGGACAUCCAGACGAUUUUAUGUCUUGCUUUCGGCCAGGAUAAUGUUACAUAUUCUGGAACGCUGUCAGGAGAUGUCUAUAUAUGGAGUGCUAAUAAUCUCACAAGGGUGGUAGAGGGCGCUCAUCAGGGGAGCAUAUACAGUAUGUAUAUGGCAGAUGAAGGGUUUGCCACAGGAGGCAAGGAUGGCUGUGUACGUUUGUGGGAUGCAGACUUCAAACCUCUCACUAAAAUGGAUGUCAAAGAGACCCAGGAAGGCUAUCCAGGCUUAACAGUACGUAGCGUAAGCUGGAGGGGGGAGAGGGUCCUUGUAGGCACCCAGGACAGCGAGAUAUUUGAGAUAAGUGUCCAACAGAGGGAAAAGCCUCGCUGUCUGAUGCAAGGCCACGCUGAGGGAGAAUUAUGGGCCUUAGCCGUUCAUCCUAAACGUCCAAUAUUUGCCACUGCUAGUGAUGAUUGUACUGUCCGGAUCUGGAGCAAUUUAGACCAGGAAAUUCUGUCCAAGACUACACUAGAUGAACCAAUACGCUCAUGUGCCUUCAAUGCUGAUGGAUCACAUCUAGCUUGUGGAAUGGCAGAUGGUAGCUUCAAAGUGCUCAAGUCUAAGGAUCUGUCCGAACUCACACAUAUCAAAGAUCGUAAAGAAGUACUCCACGAGAUGAAAUAUUCUCCCGAUGGGAACUACCUCGCUGUCGGCUCAAAUGACAAUUACGUCGACAUCUACUCUGUCCAGCAACAUUAUAAAAAGGUCGGCCAGUGUUCAGGAAAUUCCAGCUUCAUCACACAUUUUGAUUGGUCAGAAGAUUGUAAAUAUUUACAGACCAAUAGCGGAGCUGCUGAGAGAUUGUUCUUCAGAAUGCCAACUGGAAAGCAGUGUACGAAUAAGGAAGAAAUAAGGUCAAUACACUGGCAUAGCUGGACGUGUGUCUUGGGUAGUGAAGUGAAUGGCAUCUGGGAGAAGUACACAGAUACUAAUGACGUAAAUGCUGUCGAUGCUUACUUCGGGGGAGAGGUUGUUGUCACGGGGGAUGAUUUUGGACUUGUGAAAUUAUUCCGUUUUCCCAGUCUCAAAAAAGGUGCAAAAUUCAGGAAAUAUGUUGGCCACUCUGCCCAUGUGACAAACGUGCGGUUUAGCCAUGACAAACAGAAGGUGAUCACAACGGGGGGUGGGGACCAUGCUGUGUUCCAGUGGCGGUUUAUACCUGAAGGGAUGACUAUAGAGGAUGACGAUACACAUGAUCAAGGAGCGUAUGUUGACUCAAACAGCGAAGACUCCGACUCUGAUUUGUCCGAUGUUGGUGAACUCGACUCUGAUAUUGAAAAUGAAAAACAAAAGACAUAUGACAGGGAGGUCUACAGAGAGGACAUGGCUGUGCUGAAGAAGAACAUAAAGAACCAGAUGAAACCAGGAGAAAAAAGAGGAAAAGCACCAACCCAGGGGCUGAAGCUCGAGUUUAUCCAUGGAUAUCGAGGCUACGAUUGUCGCAACAACUUAUUUUACACCCAAGAUGGCCGUGUUGUUUACCAUGUAGCAGCCGCAGGAAUCGUGUACAAGAGGGAGACAAAUAAACAACAGUUCUACCUGGGUCAUUCUGACGAUAUAUUAUGUCUGUGUAUUCAUCCUAUGAAAGAUUAUAUAGCAACUGGACAGAUUGGAAGAGAGCCACCUAUACAUAUUUGGGAUGCAGAGACUUUGAAGACAAUCUCAAUUCUCAAGGGAGCACAUCAGAGGGGUGUAUGUGCUGUAGAUUUCUCAGCGGAUGGAAAGAGACUUGCAUCAGUUGGUUUGGAUGACAAUCACACAAUCGUGGUAUGGGACUGGAAGAAAGGGGAGAAACUAGCCACAACAAGAGGUCACAAGGACAAGAUAUUUGUGAUAAAGUGGAAUCCUCAUGAACAAAACAAACUAGUUACUGUAGGAGUAAAACAUAUUAAAUUCUGGACUCAAACAGGUGGGGGAUUUACAUCGAAUCGUGGCACUUUUGGUAAUGUUGCCAAGUUAGACACAAUGAUGUGUAUUACAUAUGGAAAGUCACCAGAUCUUGUGUACACUGGGGGAGGAAAUGGAAAGGUGUAUAUAUGGUCUGGGAAUACUUUAUCGAAGGCUGUCAAGGCUCAUGAUGGCCCUUGUUUCGCCAUGCAUUCACUCGACAAGGGGUUUGUGACUGGUGGAAAAGAUGGCAUGGUUGCUCUCUGGGACGAGACAUUUGAGAGAUGUCUGAAAACUUACGCCAUAAAACGAUCCUCACUUACUCCAGGUACUCGAGGUGUCCUUGUUCAAGAACUUCCUGCAGUUAGAGCCAUAAUCUUGGGCCACGGGCAUAUACUUGUUGGAACUAAAAAUAGUGAAGUUUUAGAAAUCGAUAAAUCUGGACCAAUCAACAUUCUUAUACAGGGUCACAAAGAAGGAGAAUGCUGGGGUCUCGCCACCCACCCUUCAGAGCCACAAUGUGCCACGGUCAGUGACGACAAAACCCUCAGAAUAUGGGAUCUUCGAGAACAUCGGAUGCUCAAUUGUAAAAUCCUCAAAAAACCAGCUCGCUGCGUCUGUUAUUCUCCCGAUGGCAAAGCUAUCGCAAUUGGUCAUAAAGAUGGCAGCUUUGUAGUUGUCAAUGGGGACACUUUGGAAGAUAUCGUCGCUUUUCAUCAACGUAAACAAGAAAUACAAGAUAUAAGAUUCUCACCAGAUCCUGGUAAAUAUUUGGCUGUUGCAUCGCAUGACAACUUCAUAGACAUUUACAAUGUACUAAGCAGCAAACGUGUCGGCAUAUGUAAAGGACACUCAAGUUAUGUCACUCAUAUAGACUGGGACGCUAGAGGGAAACUGAUAGUCAGCAAUUCUGGGGCAAAAGAACAACUAUUCUUUGAAGCCCCUAGGGGCCAUCGACAAACAAUGAAAAAUGCACAAAUUGAAAGUCAAUCUUGGGCCUCCUGGACGGGGGUCCUCGGCCACACCUCUGAAGGGAUCUGGCCCCCAUGUAGUGACGUCACGGAUGUAAAUGCAGCUUCGUUGUCGAGUGAUCGUUCAUUGCUCGCAACUGGCGAUGAUUUUGGUUUUGUGAAAGUGUUUGAUUACCCAGUAAAGGGCAAGUUUGCAAAGCACAAGAAAUAUGUAGGUCACAGUGCCCAUGUUACUAAUGUACGUUGGAGUCAUGAUGAUCGUUACCUGGUGUCGUGCGGUGGUGAUGAUACUUCCGUCAUGGUGUGGUCCCAUGGGGGUGCAGGUGAUGUCUCUGGGGGACAGGGAGACAGUGAUGACAGUGAUACAGACUCUGAAGAGGAAGGAGGUUAUGACAGUGACGUUGCUAGGGAGAAGAACAUGGACUACUCCACUAAAACAUACACAAAGUCAAUCCGUGAAAACACGGGCGUUAAACCUCAUCUUCAGGAUUAUGAUGACGACCUUGACAAAAUGUUUGUUCCUGGAAGGCGAUUCCAGAAUAUUCCUUUUACUAGAUCUAACAAAAGGCCAAGUGUGACGAGGAAUGCUCCACAGCCUCCAAGAGUAAAGAAGGCAGACCCUGCCCUCUCAAGUACUGGAAAACCAUCCAAGAGAAAAAUUCAACAGGUUCAGGAUCUCCAGUUAGAUUAUAUAUUUGGCUACCGUGGGUUUGACUGCCGUCGUAAUCUGUUCUACCUGAAUGACGGCACUGACAUCAUUUAUCAUGCAGCUGGCGCUGGAAUCGUGCAGAACCUUUCUUCAGCUCACCAGAGUUUCUACUUAGAGCACACUGAUGACAUCAUAUGCUUAGCUGUCAAUCAACAUCCAAAAUUUAGAAAUGUCGUAGCAACUGGCCAGAUAGGCUCCACCCCUGAGGUGAAUAUAUGGGAUGCUUCCACUAAAGAGACCCUGUCAGUCAUUAGAGGUUUCCAUAAAAAAGGAGUAUGUUGCGUUGAUUUCUCAUGUGGCGGAAAGCUGCUUCUUACUGUCGGGAUCGACGAUGAUCAUUCACUUGCGGUUUGGAGAUGGCAAGAUGGCUCAAAGGUGUGUAGUGCAGCGGGUCACACAAGUCGGAUCUUCCAUGCCGAGUUUAGACCAGAUUCUGACAGUGCCUUUGUUACAGUGGGGGUCAAACAUGUGAAAUUUUGGACUAUCGCGGGUGGAGAACUAAUUGGCAAGAAGGGUUUAUUGGCAAAUGUUGGAGAAGGAGAUGAGGAAGUCAAGAUGCAGACUAUGCUCUCAAUUGCAUUUGGUGCUAAUAAUAUGACAUAUACUGGUGCAAUGAAUGGUGAUGUUUAUGUAUGGAAAAACACAUCACUUGUAAGAAUAGUGAAAAAGGCUCACAAUGGUCCAGUUUUCUCCAUGUAUACAACACUCAGGGAUGGGCUCAUUGUUACAGGCGGCAAAGAAAAACAGGGUGGUGGUCCAGUGAAACUCUGGGAUCAAGACAUGAAGAGAUGCCGUGCAUUUCAACUAGAUACAGGACAGGAAGUGGAUGUUGUAAAAUCUGUAGCACGUAGCAAGGGGAAGAUCUUAAUAGGUACAAAAAACAGUGAAUUUCUGGAAGUGAAUGAAAAGUCAGGCUCGACACAAAUGAUAACUUGCGGCCAUGCCGAAGGAGAACUGUGGGGACUGGCUGUCCACCCGCAACUUGAGAGAUUUGUGACUGCCAGUGAUGAUGGUACUGUAAGAGUCUGGGACAUUGUGAACAAGAAUAUGCUAAGUAAGAUAAACCUCGGGGCAGCAAGAUCCGCCCACUUUAGUCAUGAUGGACAGUUAAUCGCAGUGGGUUUAAAGAAUGGAAGCUUCGCUGUGAUCCAAGCAGAAUCUAUGAGAAUCUUGGCCCAGAAACGAGACAGAAACUCCAUUAUUAACGAUGUCAGAUUCAGCCCCGAUGGUCGUUUCUUAGCUGUGGGGUCUUUAGAAUGCUGCGUAGAUUUUUAUGAUGUUACUCAGGGGCCCAAGCUAACCAGGGUAGGGUUCUGCAAGGGCAUCCCUAGUUUUGUGAUCCAGAUGGACUACUCCGUUGACAGCAAAUAUAUCAGGGUUAGCACUGGUGCUUAUAUCCACCAGGUGUUUGAGGUUCCCGCUGGCAACCAGGUUGAGGACAAAGCUGUCAUCAAUAAAAUCACCUGGGCAACCUGGACAAGUGCCUUGGGUGAGGAGGUUAUUGGUGUGUGGCCAAGGGACUCCACUGACAAGGGGGACAUCAAUUGUGCGCAUGUAUCUCACCAAGGCAACGCCAUAGCAACAGGAGAUGAUUUUGGCACUGUCAAAUUAUUUAGUUUUCCAUGUCCCCAUAAAGAUGCGGCACAUAAGAAAUUCUAUGGUCAUUCAGCGCACGUGACGAAUGUUUGGUUCACGCACAAUGAUAAAUACCUGAUAUCUACAGGCGGAGAUGACUGUUGUGUAUUUGUAUGGAAAUGCAAGUAGGCAGUAUUCCCUGGAGCCAAAACACCCAUAGAAGCUUGAUUAUAGACAUUCCUAGGAUGGCAGGCCAGAUGACCAUAGCCAAUUGCAACUGCACUGAUAAACAAGGACUAUGUGAUGUAUAUGAUGUACAUAUCCAGUCAAGUUUCCAUUAACAGGCAGCUAUAUUAAGGGAGAAAACUGCAAAUGAAAUUAGUUUCAUUUUACAAUUUCAUUGGCAAGAUGUGCUUUGUGUGUUUACAGUUGUCUCAGUAUAGUUUGUUAAAUAAAAAAUGACUGCAUUUCAGCUUUCUGUAACAAUAUGCAUUUAAAAGCUGCUAUUCCAAAUAAUACUUGUACAUUCCUCAUGAAAUCAAAAGAGGUAUUAAUAUAUGUAUAAUAUCUAGAUUGUUGAGUGGGGUAUGUUACCGAUUCAUGGUUAUUAGGGGUUUCAAUACCCCAUUAACCAAAAACAUUUGUUUUAUGUAAAUGUUGUAGAGUAUUCAGACAGAAAUUCUAAUUAAAAGUAAAAUAUAUUUAUGAAGGAAAAUUUAUUUUCUAUAUUUUAUUGGACUUUCUCUUAUAUUAAAGUCUCUGAUAUUUUAUAGAAUUUACAAAGAAAUGUAGUUUUAAUUCAAAAAUGUAAAAUGUGACUGAAAUCCGACCAUUGUAUUAUUAUUUGAUAUAAUAGCUUACAUUUUAUGGAUUUUGAUAUUUUCAAUAUUGUAUGUUAAAAGAUAUGUAUGUAUUUGUACAUAAUUUAUACUAAUGUACAUUUAUACUCAAUAUGUUCUGUCCAUAUUAUGAUCUCUGUACACAUUUAUUUUGUAUAUGUUUAUUGAUGUAAAAAUGUAUGUACAUUUUCGUAUAUUUAAUAGAUGUCAUCUCA